UACACACCCAUAAUCUAUCGCCAAAAAACGAGUUUACACACAGUUUAUGUACAGAUACUGUAUGAUAACAUGAGGGCAACUCCUUUUGGACACUUUCCAUUAUAAUCACCCAAAGACGAAUCUUGUGUUCCAUAUUGGAGUCAAUAGUCGUCCGAAAAAGAGAACGUUGUUUGGGAAUCUUCAAGAUUGACAGACAGCCAGCUGUUGCUCGGACUAGACAAUCACAAUGGAAAGAACAACGAUCUUCCUGUCUGGUGUUGUCGUCUUUGCUCUUUUGGUAUCGUACUCACCUGUUAUAGUUCUCGGUCAAACAUUUGCGCUGAAGACAACGUCUUACACGAAGCAGGAAGAAGUUGGUGCCCAUGCCAUCCUUGAAAUAGUUCGCACCGGGGGAGAUUUGGCACAGCCAGAUAGUAUCGAGGUGAACACCUUCCCAGGGUCAGCCCUAGCCGACUCCGACUUCAUCCCAAUAAGGAACCAGAGGCGUGAAUUCCUCCCAAAUGCUCGGAUCAUCGCCAUCCGAGUCGACAUUAUGAACGACUUCGUGUACGAGGCCUCGAAUGAGCAAUUCACAUUUGAAAUAUCCAACCCAUCUUCUGGAACGGUAAACCCAACCAUGAGUACUGCAACCAUUACCAUACAAGAUGAUGACGCUCGAUUCGGGUUUGAAAAUACCGCUACAUCAAUUGAAGUGUCAGAGUCUGCUGGAGCAUUCGAUGUUUACCUGCUCAGAACUGGUAACCCGCAAUCUGACGCCACUGUGUAUGUGUCCACAUCGGAUUGCAGCACUGCCGUCUGUAGCGGCACCCCAACGGCUGACUUUACCCCCCUCAUCAGCACCCCAGUGCGGUUCGCACCCGGGGAGGUCAAAGUGGGUCUGCAACUCACGAUUGCAUCGGACCAGAUACCGGAGAAUAAAGAGUCUGUCUAUCUAUUUGUAGAGAGGGUUGUCGGGGGUGAAAUCGGCGGGCCUGUCGGUACGACAGUCUUCAUUCAAGAUGAUGAUGUUCAAUACCAGAUAGCUGGUAGUGCCAUCACUGUGAAAGAAGCUACCGGCGGUGUGCAGUUUGAACUAACCAUCACAAGAAGAUUCAACUUAGAGGCAGCGAGCACUAUUGAGGUGUACACUGAAGACGGAACAGCUACUCUCGCCGACGGGGACUAUGCUCGUAUUGAUAGUACUGUAAUGUUCCCUAUGGACGUGUCAAGUGCCACAGUUACUGUCACCGUAAAUGAUGACAACGUUGUGGAGAGUCAGGAAGUUUUCUAUGUUGGAAUUCGAAACCCGUCUGAUGGUUUCGCGCUGACUGCGGAUAGCAGGUUCGCUGUCAACAUUGAUGACAAUGAAUGCGUAUUUUCGAUAUUGCAAACUGCUUACGCCGUCAACGAAGAAGACGCUGAAGUUGUUAUUCAGAUAAGACGGACGGGUGACCCGACGGCAGAUAGCAGUAUUCGGGCAAGGACCGUUGCAGUAAGCGCCACACAAGACAAGGACUACGGGGGCUCAGACACAUUACUGAUGUUUGGAAACACGGUUUUAGGCUACGACCUCAAGUUGCCAAUCACCGCUGAUCAGAUCAAUGGUGAAGAAGACGAAACGUUCCAGGUGGAGCUAUACCAGUCAGUUACCUGCAUCAUCGGAAGCAUCUCGUCAACGACAGUCACAAUUAAAGACUCAGCGAAGCUGUCUACGUUGGCCAUUAUUCUAAUCGGGGUCGGUGCUGCUGUUUUUGCCGUCCUUGUUCUCAUCAUGAUCCUGUGCUGCUGUGCCUUCAUGAAACCCAGCAGCCGAAGAGAUCCAUUUCACAACGAGCGAGAAGUCCCGGACGUAGACUUCCCCCAAGAGUUGCACACAAGGCGCGGAACGGGACCUAUCGCCACCUAUAUCCCUGACGAUCGAAACAAGCGUCGACAGGAACGCCCAGAGAGGCGCGACGUCGAACAGGAACGCAGUCGGAGACAGGAUCUCCAAAAUGGUGGUCCUCGCAUAACCGAGUUACCUCCCAGAAACCGUGCCUCGAGAAAAGAGUCUGCCCGUCCGUCGUUCGAUCAGCUCCCACCACCUCGUCCAGAGCAACCCGCACCACCAACGGAUCGUCAAAGUGAGAUGAGACGUCUUCAACAUGAUAACCGCCAGGAGUUGAUCGACCAACGCCGUAGUCGCUCAAUGUUCAAUCCUAGUGGAGAACGGGAACCUUACUGGGAGGAGAGAGGAUUGGAACGCAACCGCUCUGCACCAAACAACCACUACGGAUAUUUCUAAACAGCCGUUGGAUGUUACUUAGACUCAUUAAUGAAGGGCCAUAUUCUUCAACACUACGACAAUUACAGUCGCUUUGAUACAUUUUUCUUCGUAGAAGCUGAAAGCUACGGCGUAAAUAUACAUACUAAUUUUAAUGCACUAUGUUAUCUUAAGCGAACAUAAUCAACAUUUUAAUGAGUAUAAUUUUAUUUGAUGUUGUAAUUAGUGUAUUUAAUUUAGAGGGCAGUAUCUGAACUUUUUUGAACUCAAAACUACACAGCAUUUAAGUGUAACAUUUAGGUUUAUAACACCCCUUGCAAGUAUUCUGCCUGCUCAUUGGUUUAGAGCGCGUCACAUGACAUGUCUUAGUUUCGCUA